UGUUCUGUGAAGACCUAAAUGUUGAUUGCGCAUAACUUAGAUGAUCUCCCUCUCUCUGUGAUUUAAGGCUUGUAAUCGGAGAGUGAUUCCACCCAAUGGAUGAACGAUUAAGACUUAUGUGAUGCCAGUUGUUGACAAUUCUUACAGAUCCUAGACCCAUCCCAUGCGUUAUAUGCAGAUGCCCAAAGUUCGGAAAUUUUUUUUCAAGCCUGGGUGUAGUUCUUAGAGGCUGACAAAAUAUGAGAUGGACAGACAGAGAAACAUUGAACGAAACUCAGCAGUGCUAUCUGCUUUGGGAUUAAAGACCAUGUCAAAGGCAUUAUUUGGUUCAAAUCUGACAGCCAAGAAAAAACCUAUCAAGGAGGGAAAGAGCAAGAUGGAUUGUUGCAAUGAUGAUGAGGAGUAUCAAUUGUGUGAGGAUGAGGAAGGGAUGAGCUCUCGCGAAGAUGUUGCAUCUUCCAGGUUUCAGGCAAAUAAGGUUAUCCUUUUAAUAUGGCGACUGUUGUGUUCACUUGGUUUCAUUUAUAUCCAUCAUCAUUUUGCUGCUGUCAGACUGUGUGCCUAACAUCGUCAGUGGGAUUAUCUAUAGCUUUUUAAAAAAUAUUUUAUGGCAAUUUGCUUUCAUUUA